AUGCCUAAACAAGAAAAGCGACAACAGCAUAGUCAAAUAACAUGUUUAAAUGAUAUUGCGAUAAAAAAUGAAAUCAUAACAGAACAUUUUGGUUUUUUACCAAUAAGUUUUGAAGAAGUUGAACAGGGUACUCACCAAGUUGAAACGUUGUUGGAAAAUUUGGUUGAUAAAUAUUUUGAACAAUUUGAAAUAUACGCGUUACACAAGAUUUUCACCAUACGCGAAAAUGUUACAGUCGGUGUGAAUUUUGAUGUAGAUGAAAGUAUGAAUGAGGGAGUUGAUAAAGAAAUUGAAUUAUUACGGAAAAAAAUCAUGGCUGCAAAAGCCUUUAACCUCAAGCUAAAAAAACAAUUGGCUAUAGAUGAAGCACGAAUUGAAAAACUGAAACGAUUAGAAAAUAAAAUAUCAUUUCUACGAACUGAAGCGAAAGCUCAUAAUGUUUCUCCCUUGCCGGAUACGCUAAGGUUCAUAUCUGAUCAACUAUUGGCCAUUACAAAGGUGUACAAUAAUUUGAAUGAAUCUGUUAAAGAUGAAAAAUUGAAACAAUAUGAAAAUACAAUUGAUGAACGGGAGAAAUUUAUUAGUAUGAUGGUAUUAAGACAUGGUAAAUCUUUAUAA